GAAACGGCCCUGCGGGAGCCGCACAUCACAACUAAUCACAACGAUUAAAAUCAGCUUUUCUGUGCGCGCGGGUUUGGGGGGUGGUGCGCCGCGCAGUAAGGCACGAGGUGGUUUCAUGUUGAAAUAAAAAUAAAUAUAUUGUUUCCUAAUUUUAUUUUAUUUUUUUUUCCCCCCAAACAAUAUGCAUGCUGGAAAACGGCCGCCGCGGUACGCGCGCGCGCUACCGCUCUCUCUCGCGCGCGCGCGCCGGUUCAGGCUGGGUAGAGGCAUGAGCUAAUUGUAUCCUGAUCUUUGCCUUGGGGGGGUUCCAGCCCCGGAGCCACUAUUGCCUCUAUUUUGUUCUGUCUACCUUGGCCGGGCUAUUGCAUUUCUCUCUGGCGGAGCAGGGGAGGCGGAUCGCCGGCGCCAGGAGGACACCACGCUCGUGGGGCUUCGUCCACGUUCCACGCUCCACGAUCCAGGUUUUCUUUCUGAUGCAAGACAACCAAACCAACAUGUCAAGGCCCAUGAUCACCAGAUCACCCGCAUCCCCCCUCAGCAACCAGGGCAUCCCAACCCCAGCACAGCUCACCAAGUCCAACGCACCAGUUCACAUUGACGUGGGCGGUCACAUGUACACCAGCAGCCUGGCCACACUAACCAAGUACCCUGAGUCCAGGAUCGGCCGGCUCUUCGACGGCACAGAGCCCAUUGUCCUCGACAGCCUCAAGCAGCAUUACUUCAUCGACAGGGACGGCCACAUGUUCCGGUACAUUUUGAACUUCCUGCGGACCUCCAAACUGCUCAUCCCUGAUGACUUCAAAGACUACAGCCUACUGUACGAGGAGGCACGAUACUUCCAGCUGCAGCCCAUGCUGAGCGAGCUGGAGCGCUGGAAGCAGGACCAAGAAUUGGGCCGCUCCUCGCGCCCCUGCGAGUGCCUGGUGGUCCGCGUGGCCCCCGACCUGGGCGAGCGCAUCAGCCUGAGUGGCGACAAAGCCCUUAUCGAGGAUGUCUUCCCCGAGAUCGGUGACGUCAUGUGCAACUCUGUCAACGCCGGCUGGAACCACGAUUCCACGCACGUCAUUCGCUUCCCGCUCAAUGGCUACUGCCACCUUAACUCUGUCCAGGUGCUGGAGAGGUUGCAGCAGAGGGGCUUUGAGAUCGCAGGCUCCUGUGGCGGAGGCGUGGACUCCUCUCAGUUCAGCGAGUACAUCCUCCGGAGGGAGCUGCGGCGGGGGCCACGCGGACCCUCGGUCAUUCGGAUAAAGCAGGAGGAGCUGGACUAGGCUUUGCUGCCUUUUUUUUUUUUUUCCUUUUUCUUUUUAAAUUGUCUUCAGUACCACAUCAGGGGAUUCGUCAAUGGGGCAAAAUCCCAUUUUCUUACUUUGAAAACGAGCAAACUUGCGAAAUUCUGAACACUGAAGAGCUCUGUGAUUGACAAGGCUGCCCUGCCCCCAUCCUGCAUUCUAAUUCAUUCCCAGCUCUCAAAAGAAGUUUGUUCUAAAACUUUUACACCACAUGCAAUUAAUGUUCCCACAAACUUUGACCGGGUGGCUCAAGCAGUUCUGUUCUCACCUCCUGUGAAUUGAGUCUGAUCCCAUUUCCUCCACUUUGGGUGCUUCAGAAAAUUGAUAUGAAAGUGAAAUUUCUCAAACCUGGGAAUGAUAUUGGCACUU